AUGCUAGAAGUAUCGAAUAGUCAGGUUAUAUUUAACAAACGGGUAGCGGAGACGCUUCUGCAAGGUAACCAUUCGGUUACGUUGAUCAUGGUGCGACCCUAUGAUAAGAAGAAACCGAAGGUGGACAUCGAUCCAAGGAUUACAGUGAAACACGUUGAUGCUCUAGUCGAAGGAAUAAAGGCUGACGACUGGGAGAAAGAGCAGGCAAAGAUGAUCUACCAGGAUAUACCGAUGUGGGACUCGAGGCAGCGAAAUAUGAUGAAGAAGAUGUCGAUGGCCAUGACAGGCUAUUGCGAAAAGCUCGUCCAAAACAAAGAAUUCCUGAAGUGGAUGGCCGACGAGAAAUUUGAUGUCGUCUACACGCACAUGUACGACUUUUGUGGCAUCGGUUUGAACCACGUGAUCGGGGUCAAAGCUUGGGUGUGGCUGAACUCAGGCCAGAUGAUGGACUGGGUGGCAGACCAGAUGGGAGUGCCGAUCAUUCCUAGCUACGUGCCGCCAAUGCUGAUGGAAUCGCACUCGGCCAUGAACUUUUAUGAGCGAACGAAGAGUUUUAUUGGAUUAUGGUUGUUCCGGGCAAUUUUCCCGAGGAUGGUCCCGGCUGCCGAGACCGAGGUAUUCCGGAAACAUAUCUCACCGGACUUCCCGGAUUUGUAUGAGCUGUCGAAGCAGUGCCCACUUGUGAUGGUGAACUCCAAUGAACUCUACGAAAUGGCUCGCCCCACUCUUCACAAAAUCGUCAACAUCGGGGGACUUGGCAUGCGAUUCGAAGAUGCGAAGCCGUUGGAAAAGAACUUCCAAACGAUCGUUGACUCUGCCAAGAAAGGAGUUGUCGUUUUCACGUUCGGUUCUGUGACCAGAAUGGAGUUGAUGCCCGAGGACUGGAAGGCGUCCAUGAUGGCAGCUUUCGCCCAAUUCCCCGACCACCAAUUCAUUCUCAGAUAUGAAGGGGAGGAUCUGGAGCAGAUCCGCCCGAAAAACGUUCACCUUAGCAAGUGGCUGCCUCAAUCGGAUUUGUUGAAGCAUCCUAAAACGCGUGGUUUCAUCUCGCACGGCGGCUACAACAGUGUGCAGGAAGCUCUAAACAGCGGCCAGCCCAUUAUGACAAUUCCACUCUUUGGAGAUCAACCUAGAAAUGCCAAGAUGGCCCAGCAGCUCGGUUUUGGCGUUAACGUGCGAAAAACGGGACUUUGUACCGAGACGGUCGUUGCCGCUCUGAAAGAAAUGUUGGAGAAUGAAAAAUACAAUAACGUCGCCAAACGCAUCUCCGGGAUGGUCAAGAAGAAGCCGAUCAAGCCAGAGGAGCUGUUGCUCAAGUGGACCACGUUCCUGGCCGAAUUCAAGAAGAAGCCGAAGGUCGACAUUGAUCCCAGAAUUACAGUACACCGCGUGGACGCCAUUGUCGAUGGGAUGAGCGUAGAUGAAUGGGAGAAGGAACAAGCGCAAAUGAUCUACCAAGAUGUCCCGAUUUGGGACCCGAGGAUGCGGGACAUGAUGAGGAAGAUGACCAUGGUCAUGAGUGGUUAUUGUGAAAAACUUAUUGUCAACAAAGACUUCUUGAAAUGGAUGACCGAUGAGAAAUUCGACGUUGUCUACACACACAUGUACGAUUUCUGCGGAAUCGGUCUGAACCACGCUGUUGGGGCCAAAGCCUGGGUUUGGCUAAACUCUGGCCAACUUAUGGACUGGGUAGCCGACCGGAUGGGCGUUCCAAUCAUUCCUAGCUACGUUCCGCCUAUGAUGAUGGAGUCGCACUCGGCGAUGAGCUUUGUCGAACGAACGAAGAGCUUCAUCGGCAUCUGGUUGUUCAGAACCAUUUUCCCGAGACUGGUACCAGCAUCCGAAACCGAAGUCUUCCGGAGGCAUAUCUCACCGGAUUUCCCGGAUCUUUGGGAGCUGUCGAAGGAGUGUCCCUUGGUAAUGGUUAACUCAAAUGAGCUCUACGAAAUGGCCCGCCCUACCCUUCACAAAAUCGUCAACAUUGGCGGUCUGGGGAUGCGAUUCGAGGAUGCGAAACCGUUGGAAAAGAACUUCCAAACGAUCGUCGAUUCCGCGAAAAAGGGAGUUGUCGUUUUCACUUUUGGCUCGGUUACCAGGAUGGAGCUGAUGCCCGAGGACUGGAAGGCCUCAAUGAUGGCCGCAUUCUCCCAAUUCCCCGACUACCAAUUCAUUUUGCGGUACGAGGGAGAUGAUAUGGAGAAGUUCCGCCCGAAGAACGUCCACCUGCACAAGUGGCUGCCGCAGUCGGAUUUGUUGAAACACCCCAAGACUCGAGGCUUCAUCUCGCACGGUGGCUAUAACAGUGUGCAGGAAGCCCUCAACAGCGGUCAGCCAAUUAUGACAAUUCCACUUUUCGGAGAUCAGCCGAAAAAUGCCAAAAUGGCUCAGCAGCUCGGCUUUGGCGUGAACGUCCGAAAAACGGGACUCUGCACCGAGACGGUCGUUGCCGCACUCAAGGAAUUGUUGGAGAAUGAAAAGUACAACAACGUGGCCAAGCGCAUCUCGGAGAUGGUCAAGAAGAAGCCGAUCAAGCCAGAGGAGCUGCUCCUCAAGUGGACCACGUUCCUCGCAGAAUUCAAGGAAUUCGAAAAUCUGGUGCCGUAUGGGACCAACUUGAACUGGUUCGUCUACCACUCGUUGGACGUCAUCUUGUUCCUGUCUACCGUGCUCUUCCUCGUGUUUUUCUUGCUCUACAAAUGCGUCCGCUGUACAACACGAAAAGUGAAGUCAUUGGUGUGCGGAAACGGCUGCUCGAAGACGACAGACAAGAAGAAAAAGAAUGAA